AUGGGCAAGAAGCGCGCGGCAAAGGACCGCCUGCACCUCAGCGCGACGGAGUGGAGGGAGACGUAUGGGGGCUUUAAGGGCAAGGCCAACCUGCCGUACCGCAACCUCCCGUUCUACUGCUGCGCGCUGUCGUUCUCCCCCUUCGAGGAUGCAGUCUGCGCGCCCGACGGCACCUGCUUCGACAUCGUCAACAUCGUGCCCUACGUCAACAAGUUCGGCAAGCACCCCGUCUCCGGGGAGCCUCUCGCGCUCAAAGACCUCACCAGGCUCACGUGGCACAAGAACGGCGACGGCGAGUACGCGUGCCCGGUCACGGGCAAGGUCUUCACGGAGCACACGCACAUCGCGGCGGUGAAGCCCUCGGGCAACGUGUACUGCUGGACGGCGCUGGACGAGCUGAACAUCAAGGCCAAGAACUGGCGGGAUCUGAUCUCGGACGAACCCUUCAAGCGCUCGGACAUCAUCCACCUCCAGGACCCGGCCAAGCUGCGCGCGCAGACGCUCGACCAGUUCGACCACGUCAAGAACGACCUGACGGCGGGGGAGGGGGUGUCGGAGGACAAGGCCGCGGGGGUGAAUUUGGGGGCGGCCUCCGACGACCUGAAGCGGAUGAUGGGCGACCUCGGGAAGCGGGAGGAGGACGCGGCGAAGAAGGCGGCGGCGCGGGACGCCGCGAGGGCCACGCUGGACGCGGCCGGGCGCCCGCGAGGGGGGCCGCAGGACCCGCGGCUGCGGGCGCCUGAGAGGGAGGACGUGGUGCUGCGGAAGAAGCCCGGCGCGCUCACGUGGGACACGGACGAGCGCGCUGGCACCGCUGCUAAGCGCGCUGGCGAGAGCAAGCUGCAGGCGCUGCUGCGGGAGAAGAAACCGGGGCUGCACAAGAUGGAGCCCGCGAAGCACUCGACGGGGUCGAUGGCGCGCGGGUUCACGUCGACGGCGUUCACGGGGAGCACGAAGGUCGAGCGCGAGAUGGUGCGCGUGCAGCGCAGGCCGAGGAAGAAAGGGUAUCUGCGGAUCAUGACGAACCUGGGGGACCUGAACGUGGAGCUGCACGCGGACAUCGUGCCGAAGACGUGCGAGAACUUCAUGGCGCUGGCGGAGGUCGGGUUCUACGACAACUGCGUGUUCCACCGCAGCAUCCGCAACUUCAUGAUUCAGGGGGGCGACCCGACGGGCACGGGGACGGGCGGGGAGUCCAUCUUCGGGGAGACGUUCGAGGACGAGUUCGACCUGCGGCUCACGCACGACGGCCGCGGCGUGCUGUCGAUGGCCAACUCGGGGCCCGACACCAACGGCAGCCAGUUUUUCAUCCUGUACAAGUCGGCGCCGCACCUCGAUAACAAGCACACGGUGUUUGGCAAGGUAGUGGGCGGGAUGGAGACGCUGACGGCGAUGGAGCGCGUGGAGACGGACAACGACGACAAGCCGAAGCGAACGAUCCGCAUCGUCGGCUGCGAGAUCUUCGUGGACCCAUUCAAGGAGCUCGACGAGGAGGAGGAAAAGCGGGCGAGGGACAAGGCGGCGAAGGACAACCUGGCGCGCACGGACAAGCGCGGGGCGUGGUUCUCGAACCCGGGGCAGGCCAACGCCCCCGCGGCGGCCGGGGGGGGAGUCGGGAGGUACCUCCCCAAGGCGGGAACGGGGGCGGUGGGAGCUGGGCCCGUCGCGGACAUUCCGACGGGGCCGGCGCCGGCGAAGAAGAAGCAGAAGACGGGCGGGUACGGCAAUUUCGACGCGUUCGGGUGA